AUGGAGUUUUCAGCAGAGAAUAAGAAGAAACAGUUGGUGUACACUGAAAAGAAGCGAGUUAAGGUGUAUGUGUUGGAGAAUAAUGAGUGGAAGGAUACGGGAACUGGUUUUUGUCAAGGGAUUAUUGAAGAACCUAUCGUUCCUGAUACAGACGAUGUCACUGCCGACGCCAACACCAAUAACACUGAAAAAUUGGCGUUUCUAUUGGUUAUAGAUGAGGAUAACAAUCACCAAGUGUUGCUUAAGUCCAGACUCGAGCAAAAUAUUGAGUAUCAACGCCAAGAGGAAACCCUUAUUGUAUGGAAGGACCUUAAUGGUCAAGAUAUUGCUUUGUCGUUUGAGGAAAGUGUUGGAUGUGAUUCACUGUGUGAAUACAUCUGCUUUGUCCAGAAAAACAUAGAAAGCAGAAUCUCUUUAGUGGCGGUACGGUCAACUGAAGAUGGUAUUGGGUCGGUUCAUGAAAUUAUUACUGGUCCUGUUAAUCUACCCUCUAAUGAUCCACAGCAAACUGAAGAAUCGUUAUUAGAGGCACUAAGGAUUUUAAACGAAAAUACGUCAUUUGAUUACCUACGAAACGGAACAAUCAAUUUCAUCAUCAACGAUAACUAUAUCCAAACGCUCAUUAAAGCUUUUAAUGAAGCUGAGAAUUUGCACUUAUAUCGUAAUCUUUUGUUGCUAAGCAGCAUUAUUAAGACGCUCAUUUUGUUCAACAGUAAAGAAAUAGUUGAAGAAAUGAUAAACAACGAGAAUUUUCUAUCGAUUUGUGGUAUAUUAGAAUAUGACACAGAAUUUCCAAACUCGAAACUAAACCACAGGCAGUAUUUAAAGGACCAAGAGCCAAAAUUUAAAGAAAUGAUACCCAUUUCGGAUCCGGCAAUCAAACUAAUGAUUACUCAAAAUUUCAGACUACAGUUCUUGAAGGAUGUUGUUUUGGUGAGGUUUUUAGAUGACCAAUCGUUUUCAUUUAUCUCAGACUUAAUGUUAGUCUAUCAAAAUGCAAUAAUUGAUUUCUUGCAAGAGGACAGUAAUGGAUUUAUCAACCAGGUUAUCUCGUUAUACCAGGUGAGCGAAGACUCUAAAGUGAGUCCUGAUAAAAGAAGAGACGGUAUAAAACUUCUUCAUGAAUGCAUUCAACUAUCACAAAACUUAAGUGCGUUAGAAAAGACUCUAUUUUACAAAUUUUUAAUCAAGAAGGGUCUAUUUCAAGUUAUUCAGUUCGCCUUUAAUAUGGAAACAGAUAGUGAUGUGAGGAUUUUGGCUACAGAUAUCGUAGUAGGAUUAAUUGAACAUGACAUCCAAUUAAUACAGAGUAUUCAAAAUGAUGAAGUAGUUCUAAGAAAUAACGAAAACGCAGAAGUUACCUCUACCGAUAUGUCACUUUUAUUAAUUCUCACUAAAAUACUAUUGACAGAUAAGAGCCCUGGGUUAAAGGAGCAGUCAUUUCAAGCUCUGGUAAGUUUACUUGAUCCUGAAGAUUAUAUUUUAGAUGACUUCCAAAAUCAAGAUGAUAACGUGGAUGUUCGUAUUGAGAAUCUUUUACAAAUUCAUAAUGGAAACACUGAUAACGAGACGGACUCAGAGAAGAACCCUGAAAGAUUCCAGCUUGCAGAUUACCUACAGAGAUUCUAUAAACAAGUGGCUCCUUCUCUAUUUCAUUGUUUCAUUGACAAAGGCAUUGAUCUGAGUCAGUAUGACGAACAAUUGCUCAUAAGAUUAGUCAAACUUUUAAACUUGAUGAUCCAAGGUCACGAUGCUUCAAUUUCGAGGAGAUUCAUUUUGGAAAACGGGAUAUUGAUUAAGCUUGUUUCUUUAACAUCAAAUAAUUUUAUUCUUCAAUUAAGACUUGCUGCGGUUCGUUGCUUCAAAAAUGUAAUAUUUCUCAAUGAUGACUUUUACCUUAGAUAUGUUAUUGGCAAAAACCUAUUUGACCCUAUCUUUGAAAUGUUUAAAGAUAACUUGAAAGAUGAUAAUAUGGCUAACUCUACAAUGUUGGAUUUCUUCAAAACUCUUCUGGCAAAAUUAAAUACGAACGAGGAUAAUGACAUGUCUGGUUCAGGUAGUAAAAGCUCAAGAAAUUUCAUGUUGCUAAACAAGUAUUUGUGUGGCAGAUAUUUCGACAUCUUAUCAGAAGUUGAUGCUGUUCCAUUUACGAAGGAAAUGUUACGUGUAUAUAAAGAAGAAGCGCAGAGACUGGCGAGUACUUCUAAUGUAGACACAAGUUUUGACGAAAAUGAUAAUACUACAUUAGAAGUGGAGGUUUAA